AUGCUCGACUCAAUAGGACCUGAGAACGAACCUCAGAUCCAGCCUCGAAACCCGUACCCUUUUGCCAGACCGGGGCCUAUACCUGAUGCUAGAUUAGACGGGCUGUUUGAGGAAAGACCACCGUCUUUGGUCGCAAGAGAAGAAUUUUCUUUCGCUACCACGACCGCCUCGGGUGCUUCAUCCACAUUCUCCUGUGCCCCGGGCGACAACAGCGGACCAUGUGAGAAGUAUUACAAUGCAGGCGGAUCCGGAAACACUGUACCGAUUGUGUUGGGGGUCGUGAUACCACUGGGAAUCGCCAUUGUGGUGCUUGUAAUCCUGCACCGCCGCCACGUUCUGAAAUUAAGAAAGGAGGAUGCAGAUGACCGGCACAAAUCUCUUGACUUCGGUAUGGGUGAAGGCCGAGGCAAGUCCCACCAACAAGAUGCACAAAGUCGGCCCGAGAUGGCGAUGGCGAUGGAUAAGGAAAUGGGAGGAAGUCGACGAGAGCGUGGUCUUUCGAUGGAUUUGGAAGCACACAACCCUUACGUCCUGCCUCCAACACUAAAUCAUUCGAGAGAAUCGUUGCACUCCCUAUCUCGGUCAAUCACUGGGGACGACAAAUACCGAGCCACCAAUUUCAUCCCUGAUGACGGUUCCAUACGCCCUGCCUCGAGCUUGAGAAGUCCUCUGGACGACUCGUCCUCUACCUUCACUGGCUCCUCGAGUCGCAGGUUCAACUACGAUUCCAAGCAUAACCUCUUAACAAAUGCCCAGGGCAAUCCUUCCGGCCCACCUGUUCGCCAUGGCUCUCUAUCAUCCACACGCGACCGCUCGGUUGAUCCAACAACUGGCACUCGUAACCCACUUCCGCCACCAAGCAACAACCUAUUAGCCCCCGCCCGAGAUUCCUUGGUUAGCACGACUAGCAGUACCGGUGGUGUCAAUGCUUUAAGAGCAAGUAAUAACUAUCUUGCCCAAUUCAUCAGCGGGGGCGCAGCUCAGAAUUCUCAGGAGACAGUCAAGAAGACUCCCUCCGUGGCCCUCGAUGAAAUGAACCCCGAGAGAGCGGAGGAAGAGCUUCGCGCUCCUCCCCCUGCCAUGAUGAAGGACGACAUCCGCUUCAGCGAAGCAUCACUCUCCCCGCCAGCUGCACGAGACCGGUUCCCCGAAACGCCCAGCAUCGUAUUGAAUACUCCUACAGACCGACAACCGGUGGAUCCUCCCACAGAUCGUCAACCCAGACUACCACAACUUAGCUUCAUCAACUCGCAAGGUCAAAAACAGAACUCUCUAGAGCCAGAGAUGUUUCCAGAAGUCGACACAGCUUCUCCCACCAAUAGCACUCUACAUUCAGCAACCACCUCAGUCAACCACCCGCAUGACCAGCAGAACGUGCCACAUCCACAGCUGCAGACUCAGAACAACCCGGAUCAAUAUGUCGAAGCAGAAGACUACUAUGAAGAAGAUGAAGAUGUUUAUGGAGACUACUAUCAAGAGUACGGAUAUCAAGAUGGCUAUGAUCCUCGUCGCUCGACCAUGGGCACGCGACCCCUGCCUCCCGAUGAUCCAUCGGAGAAUCCCGAGGACAGAGCGAACCGGAUCCGAUCCUUCUACAAAGAGUACUUCGAUGACAGUAAACCAAAUAAUGCUGGACAUCCCGGCGGACACCAUGGUUGGCAGCAUGGAGGACAGUACGAUGGCGGCCAUUACGACGACCAGGCAGGCUACUACGACAACUAUGGACCAGAUGGCCAUUAUGAUGAAGCGCAAUAUUACCCACCCCGUGGAGGCACCGCGGCCGGCGCAUAUGGCAGACACAGGGCAACCGUUUCUAAUGGCAGUUAUAUGUCUGGACCGAGAGCGUAUUCAUCAGUAUCUGGCAGGUAUGGCCCACCACCGCGUAUGGCACCGAAGAAACGCGAAGUUCCCCUCAAGACGCUCCAUGUACUUCCUACACCUCACAUGCUGAAGGACGACACAUUCCUGCCCAUUGAUUUCGCACCUCCGAAGAAAAUUCACAAUCAAAGAUCGGGUACGCCGGACAGUCUUCGAGGUGGAGAGAGGCCAUACUCUCCCUCAGUCCGGGCCCACGUUCCGCUUGCAUCGUCAUUUGACGAUCUGGCGAUGAUCCCAAGCCCGCAUCAAUUACGCAAGUCAUCGACGUUCACUGCUCUGGACUUCGCACCUCCCAAAUUCCGAUCGAAUGACACGAUGAGUGAUGCAGGUAGCAUUCGCAGCAACCGAUCAGGUGUUUCAGCACUGCACGCACAUAACAUCAGGACAGGAGCCUAUCGUGUCUCCAGGAUCCCCAAGGAUGUUGGAGGCACCAGAGAGGAAUUCACCGAGGCCCUGAGGCCACAAUGGGACUUGAACCGAUGA